AUGGUCAGGGGCAGUACAGACCACGAGGGCAGAGCAGCUGUACAGGUUGGCCCCAGGUGGCACACUAAGAAGGCCAUGGAGGAUGACGGCCUCGGUUAUAUUCUGCAACUGUUUUUAUUUACAUUUACAGGGCAUCAUGGCUGGCUUCUGGGACACAGACAUGAUAUAGACUGCCAGUGGAUUGAUAUCACUGAUGUUAAACCCGGAAACUACAUACUGCAGGUUAUACUAAACCCCAACUUUGAGGUAGCAGAAAGUGACUUCACCAAUAACGCCAAACGCUGCAAUUGCAAAUACGAUGGUCAUCGAAUCUGGCUGCAUCCGUGCCACUUAGGUGAUUCAUACAGCGAAGAAGCAGAGAAGGAGUUUGAACUUUAUCCUGGUCAGCUGAAUAAUCAGAUCUUAUAACACCAAUCACCAUCACCAGGAACUGCUUUAAGCCACAAUGAGGAUAGCUUUAUAAUAUACCUAACUAUUUAUUCUUACUGAAUAGUUUUAAUAUAGCAUCCACCAAGUCCAAAUCAGAGAUAUCGCUUUACCAACAUCUGAGGAGUUCUGUGGAAUACCAUGGACAACAGCUAGCAUUUUUGCGUACAGUCAGCUCAGGAGCAGUUGAACAGAGGACCUUAAAUUAGCCCUUUAUCUAAAAAAAAAAAAGAAAGAAAGAAAAAGGAAAUAGCUGAAGGGAGCAGCCCAAUUUUGUACUUCCUCAUUAACGAACCAG